CGCCUUGUAGCGAGCACGCCGCACGCUCUCUCGACGCCGCCGCUCCUUCCUUCUCGCCACACUCCUUCUGCACCUCUACGCCACCCGACGCAGACGACGACGACAUGGCCCGCGGCGGCCCACGAGGCCGCGGCCGCGGCCGUGGCGGCUACGGCGCCGGCUUCGACGCCUUUCCCGGCGCCGGCCGCACGCUCGACUCGCCCGACGGCGCCUUCCCGCCGCGCGGCGGCUAUCGUGGCGGGCGUGGCGGCGGGCGCGGGCGUGGCACGGCGCUUGCCAUGCGCGGCCAGAACGCAGUGGGCUUCGACUACGCCUCGCUGAGCCGGCCACGCGGGCCGCCGCCGCUCGAGGGGCCCGAGGGUCUGCAGCCGGCGCAGCAGGCGCCCGACAGCGACGGCGACGUCGUCAUCACGCCGCGUCGCGGCUACGUCCACGUGCACCGCCCGCAGCACGAGCGCCCCGUCGAGCGUGCCUACGACCCCUCGGCGCCCGGCGCGUCGCGGCAUGCGCUGCAUGGUGCUGAUCUGGCGGGCAUGCUGCCGCCGACUGGGCCCAAGGCGAUGCAGCGUUCGGGCGGCCACUACGUGCCUGCCGGCGGCACCUCGCGUCGCGGCGGACGAGGUGGCGCCGCUCCCGUCUUUCCACAGUUCAACGUGCCGCAGCGUGCGUAUCGGCCCAGCGAGGACGUCGAAGCGCAGAUGCUCGCCGGCCUUGGCCUCUCGCGCGCCGGUGUGCGGCAGUUCCGCGCUGGCGACCCAGCUGCAGCGCGAAACCGACCGAUGCUGCAGCCCGUGGCGUUCGUGGCCAGCACCGGCCUCGACAAGCAGCGCGAGGGCGAGGGCCUGCAGGAGGCGAGUGCCGAGGCGCUGGCGCAGGGCAAGUCCGGUCGUGGCCUCGGCUUUGCCGAUCCCGCCGCACCAGCACAGCCGCCGCUGCCGGAGAGCAAGCCGCCGAUGCAGAUCAUCGAGCUCGGCUCGACGGACGACGAGGACGACGACAUGGCCGCGCUGCUCGCUGCCUACCCUGACACACGAGAGCUCGAGGCGCACGAGGAGAGCAUCGUGCAUGAUCCGCUCGUCUCGGAGCUGCCAGAGUUCGCACACGCCGCCGCUGUGGCCGAACCGUCGCAGGUUGAGUCGGACGACGAGGAGGACGUCGUGCUCGUGACGCACACCAGCAUGUCGUCGGCUCCGUCAGGGCCGAUGGAGGACGACGCGUACGACUCGGAGGAGGACCGGCAGCUCGAGGCUGUCAUUGCCGCUGGCGAGGCCGCUGGCCUGUCUGCCAGCAUGAAUGGCGCAACUUCUCACGCGCCGAUCGAGGUCGACCUGACGGCCGAUGACGAGCUUCCCGAGCCGGAGGCCGAGCCGACGUUCUACAUCGACACCGAGGCGUCCGAGCCGAUGCAGUUCGAGCAGUCAGUCGCCGAGGCUGCAGCACCGGCACUGGGCGACCCAGUGGCCCCGGCGCCGCGCUCCGCCGAGGUAGAGAUCGAUUACUCCUCGGACGACGCGCCCAACAUGACGCAGCGCCAGCCACGCGGGGCGGGCAAGAAGGCGCGCAACUCGGCCAAGAAGGCCCGGCGGCGCCAGAAAGGCAAGGACGGCCAACUGCGUGGCUUCGAGGAGCCGCCGCAGCCGCGUGAGGGUGACAGCGACCUCGAGUGGGGCAGCGACGGGCCGCCCAAGCGCAAGGGCGCGAACGGUGCAGGCGGCGACGCUGUGGCCGAGGAGCUGCGGCGUGGCCUCACACUCGGCGCGUCUGGCGCAGCGUCUGCGAGCAGCUCCAAGGCCAAGCAGCAGCAGGCAAUCCUGGACGAUCUGGCAGAGCUGGCGGCCAACGACGUGCGUGCACGCAAGUCGGCCGACGACGACGAAGACUCGGACCUCGAUCGCGAGACGGAGCUCGACGGCCUGCUGCGCUUCAUGAACAGCAUGGACGGCCAGCGCGGCGGGCGCCAGAUGACGCUCGACGACAUUGCCAUCGAGGAGCGCAUGGCGUCCGAGGACGAGUGGAUGACUGAGGAAAGCGGCGACGAGGACGCAACCGAGAUCGUCAUCGAGGAGCAGACGACGUCCGUCCGCAUCGCCGUGGAGCAGGACGAGGAGACGGAGGAGCAGAUGCUUGCCAUCGAAGAGCAGAUCAUCCUUGACAGCGACAGCGACGACAGCUCCGAGGACAGCGACAGCGACGACGACAUGGACGAGCUGGACCUUGUCAUGCUGUCGCGCGGCCGCAAGGGUAAGGGCAAGAAGGCCGAGCUCCUCAGCGACAGUGACAGCGACAGCGACUCUGACGAGGACUCUGACUCGGACGACUCGGAUGACGACGAUGACCUGCCGAAGGGCUUCUCCUGGGCCGACCGCGACGAGGACUUCAUCGCCAAGCUCGACCGCUACGCACUGGAGCACGACGACGUGCUCAAGGGCCGCGACCGGAAGGCUCGGAAUAAAAUCUUCCGCGCCAUCGAGCGCGGCGAGUUCGACGACUUUGAGGAGCUCACGCGCGGCGCGAUCUCGUUCGACAUGGAUCUCGACAGCAAGCCUGUCAAGGGCGGCCACGCAGGGCGGAAGAAGUGGGACGACGGCAGCACGUGGGCCGAGAACCUGCAGGGCCAGUGGGAGAAGGACCGCGCCACCAAGGCUGCCAACAAGCGCAAGCGGGCCGCCGAGCGGGCCGCCGCCGCUGAGAACCCGUUCCACAACACGCACAAGAAGGGCACCAAGAAGGCGCAGAAGAAGGCUGCGCGUGCCGAGCGGCGCGGCGAGCGCAACGGCGCUGCCUUUGGCUUCGACGACGCGCCGCAGGCCGCCACGCGCGGCUUCGGCGGGGUUGGUGGCCCGGCCUCGGGCGAGUCGGUGCUCAUGCUGCACCACGCCGUCAAUCUGCACGAGCUCGACCUGCAGAUCCAGCACUUCCUGCGCGACCCGGCGCACACGACGCUCUCGCUGGCGCCGAUGGACAAGCGGGCGCGUGCGCAGGUGCACAUGCUCGCCGCCGCCUACUCGCUGACGAGCAAGAGCAAGGGCGACGGCGCCAAGCGCUUCCCCACGCUCGUCAAGAACUCGCGCAGCGGCCAGAACGUCAAUGUCCACCGCGUGCGCGCCGUGCUGCAGGGCCGCGACGUCGGCUUCGGCAAGGGCGCGCCGCGCCGGGACAAGAAGGGCGGCAAGGGCAAGUCUGGCGGCGCCGUGUCUGCCGCUGGCGCCGGCGUGGCGCGGAAUCAGGAGGGCGCCGAGGUCGGCUACGGCGCUGAGAAGAUCAGCGAGGACAACAUCGGCCACAAGCUGCUCACCAUGAUGGGCUGGAAGGAGGGCUCCGGCGUGGGCCACACGCCCGGCUCGGCCUCGGCCGUCGGCGCGACGAUCAAGAUCAGCAAGGGCGGCCUCGGCUUCUGAGGUGCCACCCUCAUAUACACACCGCAAACAUGGCAGUCAUAGAGCGCGGGGCAUGUGCUAGCAUUGCGGUGGUCUAGGAUAGAGUGACUGGUGCGAGAGAGCGAGGCAGGCGCAGUGGCGCAGAC